AUUUGUGUAUGUGUUUCAUUAGAGGUUAAUAUAUAAUAAUUUUUUUAUAUUUACAAUAUAAAACUAUAGUUUUGUAAAUAUAAAAAUAAAAUUAAAAUAUAUUUAAUAAAAAAAAAAAAAAAAUAAUAAUAAAUAAUAAUUUUUACAUUGUUGUAUUUUUAAAAUAAAAAUUAUAAAUAGUAAAUAAUAUAUAGUAAAUAAUAAAUAAAUAGAUAGUAAAUAGUUUUUUGUAUAUAAAAUAAAUAAAAUCAAAAUCAAAAAUAAAAUGACUAAAAAAGAUGAUAUAUCAAAUGAUGAUAAAGCAUUUUUAUUAGAUAGAUUAGAAUGUCACAAUAAAGAAAUUAAAGAAAUCAAGCAAUCUAUUAAAGAUAUAUCAAAGUCUAUCGAAAAUGUAUAUCAAUUGUUAUUAACCAAUAGAAAUUUAUGCACAAAUUGCCAACAACAAAAAAUAGAUACGAUAAAUUAUAGCAGCAACAACAAUAACAAUCACUAUAAUCAUUAUCAUAGUAGUAGUAGUAGUAGCAAUAGUAAUAAUAUAACGAAAUCAUUGUACAGAAGUAAAACAUUUUCACAAGAAAGUGAUAUUCUAACACAAACCCUAACUAAUAGAUUGAGUAGUAGUUUUUCAUCAAAUGUACAUAUAAAUAAUCCAAAUGGUAGUCCAAAUAAUAAUACUAAUAGCAAUAAUAGUAAUAGUAGUCCAAUUGGUAAGGCACCACCAUCAUUAACAGUAUCCCCAUUACCAAGAGUACCAAUGUUACACUUAAAAAGAGAUGUAUCAAACCCAAAUUUAGUUAGACAAUGGAUAGAUGAUACUGUUAGAGUUAAAUCCAACGAAACUAAUGUAGAAGAAAAGAUUAUAAAGUUGGAUAUUGGUGGAAAGUUUUAUUCAACCACUAUCAGCACUUUAACUAAAUUCCCAGAUUCGAUGUUGGGCGUAAUGUUUUCAGGAAGAUAUGAAUUACCACGUGAUAAGGAUGGCAGAGUGUUCAUUGACAGAGAUGGCAAAUUGUUUGGUUAUAUUUUAUCUUAUCUUAGAGAUGGCCCAUUAUGGAACCCACCAGUAGAUAUUGACCUUAAAAGAAAAAUCGAAUUAGAAAUGUCUUAUUAUGGUUUACCAUCUUUCAGCUAUGGCCAACCUGGCUCAAGUCCAAUUUCCACUCCACGUUGCGUUUGCGAUAUCAAACACCAAACAUUGGGUCAAGAUAGCGACCAUCAAGGCUACUGGGAAGAAAUUAAGGGCAUGACAUCAAAUAUUAAAAGCUUUAGAUUAUUGGUUACAAUGAAUAAUACAU